AGGGCAGGGGAAGCUCUGCGGCCGUCCAGCGACGUGACGCAUACAACAAUUGUUUACCAAAAUCUUUAUUUCCGCGUAAUUAUCGCUUAAGUAUAUCCUUGCAAGCGUUAAUUGCCGUUAUUGCGUUAUUUUGCACUUCACCAGGGCGAACGACGUAAACAACCCGUAGUCAAACGAUAAAGCUGACGUUACAAACCCCGCGGAGAAGAUAACGUUAGUGUCAGUGUGUUCGCCAGUAUGAGAGGGGGCUCCUCCUAUGGAGACAGGGACAGGGACAGGGACCGUGGAAGAGACAGGCCACGGUUUGGGGCCAUGAGCGGUCGCAGUGGGCCCCCACCAAUGAAGUUUGGGAAUCCAGGCGAGCGUCUCCGCAAGAAGAGGUGGAACCUAGAUGAUCUCCCAAAGUUUGAGAAGAAUUUCUACACUGAACACCCUGAAAUUCAAUGCAUGAGCCAGUAUGAAGUGGAAGAGUAUCGCAGGAAGAAGGAGAUCACCAUCAGAGGCUCUGGCUGUUCAAAAGCAAUCACUGCUUUUCACCAGGCGCAGUUUCCUCAGUAUGUAAUUGAUGUCCUGAUGCACCAGAACUUCAAGGAGCCGACGGCGAUCCAGUCUCAGGGCUUCCCUGUGGCUUUGAGUGGCAGGGACAUGGUGGGGAUCGCCCAGACCGGCUCUGGAAAGACACUGGCUUACCUUCUUCCUGCUAUUGUACACAUCAACCACCAGCCCUAUCUGGAGAGAGGAGAUGGACCUAUUUGUCUGGUGCUUGCCCCGACCCGAGAGCUUGCUCAGCAGGUUCAACAGGUUGCUUAUGACUAUGGCAAGUCUUCCCGUAUCAAAAGCACCUGUGUCUAUGGGGGUGCACCCAAAGGUCCACAGAUUCGAGACCUUGAGAGAGGUGUUGAGAUCUGCAUCGCCACACCUGGUCGCCUCAUUGACUUCUUGGAGUCUGGGAAAACAAACCUGCGGCGCUGCACCUACCUGGUGCUGGAUGAGGCUGACCGCAUGCUGGACAUGGGAUUUGAGCCGCAGAUUCGCAAGAUAGUUGAACAAAUCAGGCCUGACAGACAGACCCUGAUGUGGAGUGCAACCUGGCCGAAGGAGGUCCGUCAGCUUGCUGAGGACUUCCUGAAGGACUACAUCCAGAUUAAUAUAGGCGCUCUGGAGCUUAGUGCCAACCACAACAUCCUGCAGAUAGUCGAUGUCUGCAUGGAGACUGAAAAGGACAACAAACUUUUUCAGCUGAUGGAAGAGAUAAUGGCUGAAAAAGAGAACAAAACCAUCAUUUUUGUAGAGACAAAGAAGCGCUGUGAUGAUCUCACCAGGAGGAUGCGGCGUGAUGGGUGGCCAGCCAUGUGUAUCCAUGGAGAUAAGAGCCAGCCAGAAAGAGACUGGGUACUCACAGAAUUUCGGAGUGGUAAAGCUCCAAUUCUGAUUGCUACCGAUGUGGCCUCUCGUGGUCUGGAUGUGGAAGAUGUCAAGUUCGUCAUCAAUUAUGACUAUCCCAGCUCCUCUGAGGAUUACGUCCAUCGGAUUGGACGUACAGCUCGCAGCACCAACAAGGGCACUGCCUACACCUUCUUCACCCCGGGGAACUUGCGACAGGCCCGAGACCUCGUCCGGGUGUUGGCUGAGGCCCGGCAGGCCAUCAACCCUAAACUGCUUCAGCUGGUGGAUUCAGGGCGAGGUGGAGGAGGAGGAGGUGGCAGAAUGCGUUACCGUGGCAGCAGCUCUAACAACCCUAACCUUAUGUAUCAGGAAGAGUGUGAUCGUCGCAUGCGUCCUGGCAGUGGCGGCGGCAGCAACAAAGACAGUCGUGGGGGCUACAACCGUGACAGCCGUAACAGCCGUGAUGGAGACCAUUCCACUUCCUCCUCCUCUUCCUCCUACAGGGAUAGAAGCAGGGAUCGCAGGAAUAGCUACAACUCGGGUUCAGAUCAGUACCAGAGUUACGGCAGCAGCGGGGGCUACAGCUCCCGCAGCGGAGGCCAGUCUGGUGGAGGAGGAGUUCAGAAUCAGCCUAGCCAGCCGCAGGGUCAGUUUGGCCAACCUCCUCCUCCGGGCCCUCCUCCAUCAGGAGGACUGCAGCCCCUGAUGGCUCAGCAGUUUGCGCCAACUCAGCCACCACUCAUGGGCUUCAUGGGGCAACCGCCUUACCCUUUUGCCUCUCCACCCCCUCCUCCUCCAGGCCCUCCACCUCCCCGGAAGUAGAAAGGCGAAUCUGUUCUACUAUAGUGUUUACAGUGUGACUUUGUUUUUUCUCUGACUCUUGUCAUCUCUAAGAGGCAAGGUUUAAAAAAAGGCGAUAUAUAUCAAGAAGGUAAGGGCUUAUAUUUUCUAUUUGUUUUUUUACUUAAAUACAACCGAUGUGUGGAAUUUAAAUGUACCCAAACAAAAGGAUAACCUAGAACCAGAGUUUUUCAACCUUUUAAGUCAGAUAAAGUUGUUCUCAAUCAUGUGCCAUAGAGGUUUCUUGUGUUGUGUCUUUUCCAGUUUGUUGUCCCUCUCUAGAUCAAAAAGAGUCAUUUAUCAGCUGUUUUAGGAUGCAUUUUGAGUGAAACCUGGCUUAAACUGAGGCCUCAGUGGUACAUGGUUUUGGGAGCUGGGGAUAUGAUUUCUAACAUAUCACAUUCCAGAAUAAUUUGUAAGCAGCUUAUUCUAAUAAUUGCAUUCAUUUGGGGUUGCAACCACUACUUUGCUAUUUUUAUGAUUUUUUUUUAAUGGACUGUCACAUUAGACUUAAACAAAUGUUGUUGUGCAUGCCUUUACUUUAUCCUGUCCUGUAGUCAAAACUGUGUUUCUGUUUACUUAGACCUGUUACUUCACAUACUGCUUUGAUAAGCAGAUCAGCUAAUGCAGACUAAUUUUCAUGUGAGUUGACUAAACUGUAGUUAACUUGUUUCCUCUUUCAUUUAUUGUGUUCUUUUUCCAAGUCUUUUCCUAAUAAAUAAAUGACUCAAAGCUG